AUGGCGUCUUCUUCGUGCUCUGUUGCGGUCCCCACAUUCUCCUGCGACAGUAGAAGCUCCACUCGCAUUUUACCUCAUCGUCACUUCACGCGCCUCUUAGCGCCACCGGCGGAGGGUGGGAGAUACGCCGCGUUUCGUUGGAAGCGGAAGGUCAAGAAGAAUGACAGCUUCGUCGUUUUCAGCAAAAGUCGGCAAGAAAACGCGUUGCAGUACAAGAAACUCGGUGACUCCGACCUCGUCAUUAGUGAAAUCACUCUUGGCACUAUGACAUUCGGGGAGCAAAACACAGAGAAAGAGGCCCACGAACAACUUAGUUACUCUUUUGAGCGUGGAAUUAAUGCUUUAGACACUGCAGAAGUUUAUCCUAUCCCAUUAAAAAAGGAGACGCAAGGACGGACUGACCUUUAUAUUGGAAGGUGGCUGAAGUCUCAAGCCCGUGAUAAGGUUAUUUUGGCCACAAAAGUGGCUGGUUACUCAGAGAGAUCAACUUAUAUACGUGACAACGCGAAAGUUGUGAGGGUCGAUGCAGCUAAUAUCAGGGAAAGUGUGGAGAAAAGUCUUAAACGGCUUAAUACAGAUUACAUUGACUUACUCCAAAUACACUGGCCAGAUCGUUAUGUUCCGCUCUUUGGAGAAUACAUUUAUAAUACUUCAAAUUGGAGGUCAAGCGUGCCCGUGGCUGAGCAGCUGAGGGGAUUUCAAGAACUGAUUGAUCAAGGAAAGGUGAGGUACAUUGGUGUUUCCAAUGAAACAUCCUAUGGGGUGAUGGAGUUCGUACAUGCAGCUAAAGUGGAAGGGUUACCAAAAAUAGUCAGUAUCCAGAACAACUACAGUAUGCUAGUUAGGUGCAAGUUUGAACUUGAUCUUGCUGAAGUAUGCCAUCCUAACAAUUGCAACAUUGGGUUGCUCGCUUAUUCUCCUCUAGCGGGCGGAGCAUUGUCUGGUAAAUAUUUAGAUAUUCAUUCUGAAGCUGCAAAAAGAGGGAGGCUCAACUUAUUUCCUGGCUACAUGGAAAGAUACAAUAAGUCUAUGGCCAAAGACGUUACGGCCAAAUAUGCUGAUGUGGCAAAGAAACAUGGGAUGAGCCUUGUUGAGUUGGCCCUUGCAUUCACAAGAGACCGACCAUUUGUUACUAGCUCGAUAAUAGGUGCCACCACAAUGGACCAACUAAAAGAAGAUAUCGAUGCCUUUUUGACGACUGAGCGGCCUUUGCCACCUGAAGUUAUGUCUGAUGUCGAAAAUGUUUUCAAGAGGAAUAAAGAUCCAGCUAUAGACUGA